CCAGACGUGGACGAGUGUGGGUCGGGCACCCCCUGUGCCCCCCCCGGGCGCUGCCUGAACACCGAGGGCUCCUUUGUGUGCGAGUGCCCCCGCGGGUACCGGGCGGGACCCUCGGGCACCUCCUGCCACGACAUCAACGAGUGCCUGGAGGGCGAGUUCUGCUUCCCCCACGGCGAGUGCCUCAACAGCGAGGGAUCCUACAGCUGCCUCUGUGCCCAGGGAUAUGCCCCCAACCCCGAGGGCACCGCAUGCAUCG